GUUCGAGUUCCGAAAAUCCAAAAACGAUAAUGGGACUUUUUUGGGACGAAAUUGUAAAAAGUAAUUGUUUGACCCACAAUCAGAAAUGUGAAGUCGGCAAUGGUAGCCCAGUGGCAAGUGAGAACGAUCUCUGCACUGCCAUGCUAACACGUUUGUUGCACCUUGUCAUGGUCGCGCGCGAAGAGGCAGGUAAUAUCUAUUUGGACAAUUAUUUUAGGUGUGUGUUGUGCUUGUGUGUAUGCCCACACUUUCAUUCCUCAGCACGCCAUCAAAGGAUCUUCAUCUUGUACGUAGGGCUGGAAACAUUAGUGUCAGCGGCCCGGUCGAAGACAUUCUUUAUCUAAAAUCUGUCAGGUGAUUCGUUGCAGCUUGUUCGGUCAGCGUCGAAGCCACGCCCUCGUCUACAGCUGAAAACGCCUUCUAGCGACAGUCGAUCUCGACCUGGUACAGAGCAACUGUAAUAUAAUGUGCUUGUGUAACUUUUGUUUCAAAUGUGAUGUGUAUUUGUUUUCCGCGCUCAUGAUUAAUGUUUUAGCUUCUCGAAUAGGUAGGAAAGAUCACUACAGGUCGUUACUUUCUUAUGGUGCUUCUCUUCGUGGAUCGUGUUCAGCAUACUAUUUACAAGACACAUGUAGUAUUUAUUGCUACCUAAGGUGCUCCUUCAAAAUCCACGUGGUGAAGGACGUGGCUUUACACAACACUUGAUGAACACUUUAUGUGAUGAUGAGGAAGAAGAUGAUGGUGAUGAUGAUGAUGAUGAUCCACCUCUCAUCUGUAUUAUACUCAUGGCUUUCAUUUACAGCCUCCGAGCAGGGAAACCCACAAAAAGCUGCUGCGGAGUCUACUGGAAAGCUAUGAUAUUAAGCUAAAAAGCUAAGCAUGCUCUCUCAAAAAUAACUACCGAGGCGGAGUAUAUAAACAGCUACUACACUCUUUUAUACGAGGCUCCACGGUCACACCUUGAUGCUCUUUUUGGUAAUUACUGAACUAGUAGGCAGGCAACUACUGCAAUAUGAGACCUCUCGUUCUUCUCGAUUACUCCUCUGUGAAGGUAACUCUCAACUACGUGUAUGGAAUCAUGCUUGCGUUUUUUACUUUUUUUUGAGUGAUUUUCGAUAUCUAUCCACAACUUACCCUCUUGUGCCGGUACGCAGUUAUCCGGUGAUAUUCUAUAGUUGCAGACUGUCCCUUCUUCUAGUCUAGUCUCAUUGGUAGUUAGGAGCUUUACUGUAGAGUCGGGCGAACAGUAACGUGACAACUUCUAAGAAAUGCGACGAACAGUCUGACAAAGACACUGGCCAAGAGAAGUGCGUCCGCUCGUCCUAGAACAUCUGCUUCCAAGGGUGCACCACUUAAGAGGCCAACACUUGUGCAUCUCCUUCCACAGCGUCGAGCAUCCUUGGCCCUUUUUCAAAGAUUCUUGUUGCUUUUUCUGGUCGAAAAAGUAGAUCUAGAUGUCUUGAAAAAAUUCCCCGAAGGAUAAUUCUCGUCUGCUCAAGGAGGAUGCUGGAGGUAGCUUUAAGAAAAUGCCAGAUGCAAAAGCAAGAGCUGCCGCCGGAACGCCAGAAGGUAACACGGCUCAGGAAGGUACAAUGACGUGAUGUUGAACAUACUGAAAGUCAGAAUAGUCUACAGCGGACAUGUUUCAUGCGAUUGUAGAUUAUCUUACUUAAUUCCGACGCGCUUAGCUAAGACAUUGUCGUUUUUGCUUACAAGAAAUUGGGUAGCAACAUAAAUAUAAUAUUACGUUGUAAAGUCUCUGGCUGUGUUCAGAGAACACAUGAUCAUCCCGGAAUGAAAGGAGCGGCUAGUACUAGAAGUGAAUGGCUGCAAGAAAAAGAUUUUUAUGACUCACGGCUUAAUACAUUCUUCAAAAAAAGGUUUUUUGGCGCGGUCAUCCAGUUCCAGGGACGGUAGUCGCAUCGGCUCCGAGAGGAGAAGUUCAAAUGCCUUGACAGAUAAUUCAGGCGCUGUCGAUACCGCUGGCGCAGGUAUGCACUUUUUGAAGUUUUGUUCUGUUGUAGCCACCUCCAUCGCGCCCGCUCUGAACCCCAACAUUUUGCACUAGUACUCCCGUAGUUAUAAUUCUAUAUCUAUUGGGUACUUACAAGUUUACAUGAUUGGAUACACAUACAAGUUAAUAGUGGCAGAGCGAGCAGGAGCGAGUUACCGAUUUUUGGCUGAUGUCGAUUAUCUUCUUUCCAGGUGUCGUAGGUCCUGUGCGGUCGACGGGUCUUGCGAAGCUCCGAAACCACAGUUUGUUGGCGC